CCUAACCCCAAUUUGCUAUCGCAAGGUGAAGCGAUUGUCUUUCAGAAACUUACCAACAAUAUGAAUGUUAGAUUCGAGAAAGAUCUUGCUUGCUGGCUCUUUAACCACUUCUCGAGUGUACAGCCAAAUGGUGGCUGACAUUACAGAGACGCAUCGGCCGUGCUUUGCAUAUAAUAGGAAAUUUUGGCGACGAACACUGCAUGGUAGCAUGACUACAAGGCCAACCAUGACUUCUUGCGGUGUAUCUCGGAAUCAGCAACUUAAGAAACAGUCGGGGAAGUGGUCAAUGCCAACGAACCAGAAAUUGUCGAACGGUCCAUUCCAGGAAUUUUUAGACGUUACAAAGAAAUGGGUUCUAACCAAACCAAAACAUUUCAACGAAUUUGGACGAGCAAGUAGCUGAAUGCUUACAGCAAUGAGUUCUACAGUUUCCCAAGUGAUAUAUACCGGUUAUGAAUCUUAUUUAUGGCCUACCAUAAAGCUCAUGAUUUAGGCACACCCCUGAAUGUGUUGUCUAACGAGGGGAAAAGUGGCGAAGCAAUGUCCACGAACAUAUGGGAAGAUUUGAG